AUGUGCACGACACAGAGAGCAGGAUCUCCAAUCCCCAGCUAUGUGUCUAUGAAGAGUAAUAAUUCCAUGAUACAGCCCAUAAACUUCAGUGGAGGAGCAAGUAGUAACUCCAUGAUACAGCCCAUAAACUUCAGUGGAGGAGCAGUGUCCUCUGAUCCCAGAGUUCAGACACAGAGAGCAGGAUCUCCAGUCCCCAGCUGUGUGUCUAUGAAGAGUAGUAACUCCAUGAUACAGCCCAUAAACUUCAGUGGAGGAACAGUGUCCUGUGAUCCCAGGUGGAGUGGAGGUCUGACUCAGGAUCAGUCCAGAUGUGGUCUGUGUCAUCAGGCUCUGAGAGAUCCAGUCUCUACCAGCUGUGGACACAGUUUCUGCACACAGUGUUUCAGCACAUACUGGGACCAGUCUGGUCCAUCAGGAGACUAUGUCUGUCCCCAGUGCAGAAAGAGAUCCAGAACACGUCCUGUUCUACAGCAACACAAAGUCUCUGACUCUACAUCAGAUCAUGUCCUGCUGAGAACUAUUGACAGUCAUAAAACCAUCCUGAAAAAGAAGUGUGAAUACUUAUUUGAAGGAAACACACUACGAGGAGAUCAAACCCUCCUCAAUAGAAUUUACACAGAGCUCUACAUUAUAGAGGGAGAGAGUGAAGGAGUGAAUGAAGAACAUGAGGUUUUACAGAUGGAGACAGCAUCCAGGACAAAAAGUUCACGAGACAUACCAAUUAACUGCAAUGACAUCUUCAAACACUUCACCACUCAGGAACUUACAGAGAACAGAAAAGAAAAUGAAAUAAGAACUGUGCUCACCAAGGGCAUCGCUGGCAUUGGAAAAACAGUGACUGUGCAGAAGUUCAUUCUGGACUGGGCAGAGGGAACAACCAAUCAGGACAUUGAUUUCAUGCUGGUACUUCCUUUCCGAGAGCUGAACUUAAUUAAAGACAAACACUACGGGCUUCAUAGACUUUUGUUUGAGUUUCAUCCAGAAUUGAGAGAUCUGGAUCCGAAGAAAUAUAAUGAUUGUAAAAUGCUGUUCAUCUUUGAUGGUUUAGAUGAGAGUCGACUUCAGUUGGAUUUUUCUCAGAGGUUGUGUGACGUGACCACAACAUCAUCAGUGAAUAUACUGAUAUCAAACCUCAUUCAAGGAAAUCUUCUUCCCUCUGCACUCAUCUGGAUAACCUCCAGACCAGCAGCAGCCAAUCAGAUCCCCUCUCAGUUUAUCAGUCGUGUGACAGAAAUAGUAGGAUUCAGUGAUUCACAGAAAGAGGAAUACUUCAGAAAAAGAGUCAGUGAUGUGAGUCAAUCCAACAGAAUCAUCUCACACAUCAAAACAUCAAGGAGCCUCCACAUCAUGUGUCACAUCCCAGUGUUCUGUUGGAUUUCAGCCACUGUGCUUCAAGAAAUUCUGCGUCAAGACAAUGUAAAUGAGAUUCCUAAAACUCUGACCGAAAUGUAUGUACAUUUCUUACUCAUUCAGACAAACAUGAAGAAGCAGAAGUAUGAAGAAAGACACGAGACCAGCCCAAAGAAUCUUCUAGAAUCAAACAAGGAGAUUUUCUUGAAACUUGCUAAGCUGGCUUUCAGACAGUUGUUGAUUGGCAAUGUCAUGUUUUAUGAUGAGGAUCUGAGAGAAUGUGGCAUUGAUGUGAGUGAGGCCACAGUGUACUCUGGGAUUUGCACUGAGAUCUUUAAGGAGGAAUCUGUGUUUCGUCAGAAGAAGGUCUACUGCUUUGUGCAUCUGAGUGUUCAAGAGUUCUUUGCUGCUCUCUAUGUGUUUUACUGCUAUAUAAGCAAGAACAUGGAGGCACUGAAGUAUUUUCUGAAGAGAAAGUCCAGAGCUGUACCAGAGAAUGUUUCCUUGGAUGUGUUGCUUAAGGGAACAGUGGACAAAGCCUUCGAGAGUAAGAAUGGACACUUAGAUCUGUUCAUCCGCUUCCUUCAUGGAAUCUCAGUGGAGUCCAACCAGAAACUCCUACAGGGUCUGCUGACACACACAGAGAACAACCCAGAGAGCAUUAAGAAAGCAAUCCGAAACCUCAAAGGGAUCCAGAAGAAGAACGCUCAUCCUGAAAGAUGCAUCAAUCUUCUGCACUGCUUGACUGAAAUGAAUGAUUGCUCAGUUCAAGAAGAAAUUCAAGCUUUUCUUCAGUCAAACAGACAUAGAACAAAGCUCACACUUGCACAGUGUGCAGAACUGGCCUACAUGCUUCAGAUGUCAGAGGAGGUGCUGGAUGAGUUUGACCUGAAGAAAUACAACACAUCAGUUGAGGGUCGUAGGAGACUGGUCCCAGCUGUGAGGUGCUGCAGAAAAGCUCUACUUGCUGGUUGUAAUCUCACUGAACAGUCCUGUGAAGCUGUAGCCUCAGUUCUACAGUCAGUAAACUGUCCCCUGAGAGAACUGGACCUUAGAGACAAUGACCUUCAGGAUUCAGGAGUGAAGUUGCUUUGUGUGGGGCUGAAGAAUCCACACUGUAAACUGGAGAUACUGAGACUUGCUGGUUGUAAACUCACUGAACAGUCCUGUGAAGCUGUAGCCUCAGUUCUACAGUCAGUAAACUGUCCCCUGAGAGAACUGGACCUGAGUAACAAUGACCUUCAGGAUUCAGGAGUGAAGAUUCUCUGUGUGGGACUGAAGAAUCCACUCUGUAAACUGGAGAUACUGAGACUUGCUGGUUGUAAUCUCACUGAACAGUCCUGUGAAGCUGUAGCCUCAGUUCUACAGUCAGUAAACUGUCCCCUGAGAGAACUGGACCUGAGUAACAAUGACCUUCAGGAUUCAGGGGUGAAGUUGCUCUGUGUUGGAUUGGAGAAUUCACGCUGUAAACUGGAGAUACUGAGACUUGCUGGCUGUAAACUCACUAAACAGUCCUGUGAAGCUGUAGCCUCAGUUCUACAGUCAGUAAACUGUCCCCUGAGAGAACUGGACCUGAGUAACAAUGACCUUCAGGAUUCAGGAGUGAAGUUGCUUUGUGUGGGACUGAAGAAUCCACACUGUAAACUGGAGAUACUGAGACUUGCUGGUUGUAAACUCACUGAACAGUCCUGUGAAGCUGUAGCCUCAGUUCUACAGUCAGUAAACUGUCCCCUGAGAGAACUGGACCUGAGUAACAAUGACCUUCAGGAUUCAGGAGUGAAGAUGCUCUGUGUUGGACUGAAGAAUCGACACUGUAUACAGGAGAUACUGAGGUUGUCUGGUUGUUUAGUGACAGAGGAAGGCUGUUCUUUUCUGGCUUCAGCUCUGAGUUUAAACCCCUCACACCUGAGAGAACUGGAUCUGAGCUACAAUCACCCAGGAGACUCAGGAGUGAAGCUGCUCUCUGACAGAAAGGAGGAUCCACACUGUAGACUGGACACACUCAAUGUAGAUCAUGGAGCAGAGUUCAGGAUCAAACCAGGAUUAAAAAAAUAUGCCUGUGAUCUCACACUGGACCCAAACACAGUAAACACACACCUCUCUCUGUCUGAGGGGAACAGAAAGGUGACACAUGUGUGGAAUAAACAGUCGUAUCCUGAUCAUCCAGAGAGAUUUGAUGACAGGUGGCCCCAGGUCAUGUGUAGAGAGAGUCUGACUGGACGCUGUUACUGGGAGACUGAGUGGAGUGGAAGUGAUGCUAUAGCAGUGACAUAUAAAGGAAUCAGGAGGAAAGGACAGAGUGAUGACUGUGGGUUUGGACACAAUAAAAAGUCCUGGAGUCUGUACUGCUAUCCUAACAGUUACACUGCCUAUCACAAUAAACAGAGAACUGACAUACCUGCCCCCCCCUCACACACACACAGAGUAGGAGUGUAUCUGGACUGGUCGUCUGGAACUGUGUCCUUCUACAACGUCUCCUCUGACACACACACACUCACACACAUACACACAUUCCGCUCCACAUUCACUCAACCCCUCUAUGCAGGGUUUAGGAUUACUGAUGCCUCAGUGUCUCUGGACAUGACAGCCUCCCGGGAGUUUCCCAGAAAGCACCUGAAUGACUCUGAGUGGACUGUCAUGUGUCAGCAUUAUUCAGUGCAUCGUUGCGUGCAGUUGGUUCUGGUGAAUGUUGCGGUUCACAGGAGGACCUCUGGUUUACCACUCAGCUGUAGUCGUAGCUGUGGAUGGAGGGAGAAAACCUGUGGGACGUGGAGGUGGAGGUGA